AUGCCUCGAGUCGUCAACCCCCCCCAAAAGAGCCAUGGGCGUGGAUCUUCCAAACAGGUCACCACGCCGCGCAAGAAUUCUCCGAUGAAGAUCCCAUUAAACGAUGAUGCGGGUGAGAAGGUUGCGCGCUUUCAGUCCCGACAGGCGCUCCAUGAUCUUCAAAUGAAUCAGAUAAAAGCGGCGGUCAAGACGCCCAUGCCACCAAUGCGCAAGAUCAACAGCUACGACCGAGCAUCGAGCAGUAGCCCGCGAACCCCGCGCGGCUCCGGCGCAAGAACAGGAGGCAGAGAAACCGAUUCAGGCGGGCGGCAGAUCGUCAAUGGCAGAGCAGUAACCCCUAUGAAACGAGUGCCUAUCUUGGCAAAUUUCGAGGAGUGGAUGAAGAUGGCCACCGAUAAUAAAAUUAACGCGGCUAAUUCGUGGAAUUUCGCUCUCAUUGAUUACUUCCAUGAUAUGUCACUACUGAAGGAAGGCGACGGGGUUAAUUUCCAGAAGGCUAGUUGCACGCUUGAUGGAUGCGUAAAAAUCUAUACGAGUAGAGUUGACAGUGUUGCGACUGAAACGGGCAAGUUGCUCAGUGGAUUGGCGGAUAGCAAUAAUAAAAAACGGCAGCAAGAUGAGGGCGAAGGCGGUGAAGGUGACAAUGAUGAGGAUGAUGAAGAGGAGGAGACUGGGGAGGAUGGCACGAAGAGAAAAAAGCAGAAGAAGACACGAUCACACGAAAGCACCCUGGCACCUUCCUUUGCUUCCCUGCAAUUGAAGAAGUUUGAACUAGAAUUUGCUGUCGAUCCGCUAUUCAAGAAAGCUUCAGCAGAUUUCGACGAAGGGGGUGCAAAGGGGCUUCUUCUGAACCACCUUUCAAUCGAUGGCACCGGUAGGAUUGUAUUUGACAGCAGCGAUGAUGCCUGUGAUGCCACGCCAGAUGGUGACUGGAACCCCAGAAAGGAUGAUCGGGAAGGGACUGCGGAGACGGGUGCACCACCGUCACCCUCACCAGCGCCACAAACUAAUGGUUGGGAUGACGAAAAUGUUGAAAUUGACCUUGGGCCGUUAGCGAACAAAUUCUUUUCAAAUCUUGAUAGUUUGGAUGAGCAAGAUAUCUGUCCCUCUUUGAAAGAUUUUGAUCUCGGUGACCCAAGUGGCUCGAUCGAUAUUCCUUUCCUACGUGCGCCUGAUGAUUGGCGACAGGAUAAGUCACAACUCGAACCAGGUGUCGGCUUCGGUGAAGGUGGUGAGGCGUGGGCCAGGGAGGCUGCUCUGGAGCCUAUGCUAAAAGUCCUCGGUAUCGAUGGCGGCGAUGAAGGUAUGGAUUGUGAUUCUAAUGAUCCGUACACGAUUUCUCUUUCACAUCAGCCCGCUGCCAAAGAGCAUGACAACAUUUUCAGCUAUUUCGACAAUGCUUUACAGAAAAAUUGGGCCGGACCCGAACACUGGAAAAUCCGAAGCAUCAAGGAGGUGACUACUACAUCCACUAAUGCGGCUCCUCGGAUACGCAAAGAAAAAGAACCAUUUGAAAUUGAUUUUGCUUCGCCUCUUGACCCUACUCUCGCCGAAAUGAUCUAUUCCCAGUCAUCUUCUAACUCCGCUAUAUCCCUGCCAAAAACACAAUGGAAGACCAAAGGUAGAAACCUGCUACCGGAUGAUAAGCACUUUAACUCACGAGAACUACUUCGAUUGUUCCUCAAACCCAAGGCCAGAAUGGGAUUCAAAUCGCUUGGGAAAACCCAAAAAAAUAAAGACCAACAAAAUAUCUCAAACAGUAACGAAAUGGACGAGGCAUUCUGGGCUGCACAUAAAUCUAAUGCCGGGCAAACCAGCAUGGAUGAGAGUGCUGCCCCUACAGGCGCUUAUGACGCCAACUUCUUUGCGGAUGAUGAGGGUCUGGCUUUCCCACAUGGGCUUCCCAUGGGAGGUGAUGGUGAUGACGAUAACUUGCCAUUCGCCGAUGCGAGAGAAGCAUUUUCGCCUGCCAUGGACCCUAAUGCUCGCCCAAGCACAGCUGCCGGUGAAGCUGGCGGCCUCUCUGGACUCACUGCUUUGUUAAAUGCUGCUGCAACUCCAGGAGGAGCGCUUGCAGGUGGUUUCGGGUCUCAACUUGUUACUCAAGGGGGCCGAAGAGUGCGGCCUGAGUACGUUGCUUACGCUAGAGUAGCUAAGAAGGUCGAUGUACGACGAUUAAAGGAAGAAAUGUGGAAGGGUAUGGGUGACCGAUUAAUCGCGUCGUCAGCUUUCAGCUCGUCAUCCCCUUCGGCAGCGGUAACCUCGAUAGACUCGCCGAAACAUACCGAAAUUCCAACCUCCGCGCCUACAGAACCGACAGACCAGACGCAAGACGAUGCUGGCGAGGAUGAAAAGAGCCUUCGAUUCACAUCCUUAAUGCAGGGCCUCAAAUCAGCAUAUCCUGAACAGGCAUUGCGUGAUAUUAGUACCUCGUAUUGUUUCAUCUGUUUGCUUCACCUGGCUAACGAAAAAGGCCUGGUGCUGGAGAAUAAAGGUGGGAUGGAUGGGUGGGGGGAUAAGGGACUGGAAGAAAUUUAUGUGACCAAAGAUCCGGGUGCUGUUAUUGAAGGAGAGGCGUAG